AUGCUCGCACAACCACUGAGAGACAUGGUCGCAAACCUCACUGGCUACACGACUUGGUACAACUGGACAAGUCAUUCCUAUUAUCAGGUUGUUCCAAUCGAACCGGGCGGCGUAACCAUUGUUAGUCAUAACUCGGCUAUCGUCAGUAAGUUUGCAUUCGGCAAGAGGAAUGUUUACGCCAGUGUCAACGGCUUGAACGUGACAUAUCUUCCUGUCGACGAACAAGAAGACGCAACUAUAGACACGAUCUAUGACAUGGCGUCCUUGACGAAGAUCUUCACUAGUGUUGCAGCCCUCAUUCAGAUUGACAAGGGAGAUUUUGAAUUGAAUGACACUGUUGCAUCUCACUUCCCCCGAUUCGCAGCAAACGGCAAGAGUAACGUCACGAUCCUCCAGCUUGUAACUCACACAUCUGGAUUCGAUGCCGAUCCAUCUCCUUCAUUAGCAAACAAGACGGCGUACAAGACCUAUGAAGAACGAAUCGUUGCAAUACUCGAUACUAGUCUGAUCAACGAACCCGGUUCAACAUACCUCUAUUCGGAUCUCAAUUACAUGUCCUUGAUGCUUCUUCUCGAACACAUCACUGGUAAUUCUCUGGAUGAACUCAUUUACAACUUCACUUCGCGCUUAGGAAUGAGCUCGACAUUCUUCAACCGCGGAAACAUUGAGGGACCAGCUUUGCCAUUCUACGAGAGGAUGGCAGCCGAGGAGUUCCAGAUCGCUGUUUUGGGUCCAUCGGAGCCAGCGCGGCCCCAGCCCGUGAGAGGUACCGUUCACGAUGAAAACGCCUGGGCACUCGACGGCGUGUCAGGUCAUGCCGGGCUCUUCUCUACUGUUGGUGACACAGCUAAGCUCUGUCAGAUGAUUCUGAACAACGGGACAUACGGCGGAGUGCGGUACCUGAAAGAGGAGACGGUAGGCCUCAUCUUCACCAAUUUCAACACACGCUUCCCUGGCGAUGAACAUGGUGUAGGCUUUGAGCUGAACCAGUAUUACACUUCUGGUCCGAUGGCCAGCUUACUCGCAGCCAGCCACACGGGCUUCACUGGGACGAGUAUGGUCAUCGACCGCGGGAGUAACACAUUCUUUCUGCACUUUUCGAACCGCGUUCACCCAUCGCGAACAUGGUCUUCGAACAAUAUUGUGCGGGAGGCAGUGGGCUAUUGGGUGGCCAAGUCUCUCGGCAAGGAGAUUGCGCAGAGCCCAUUUCCUUGA